UUCAGAUGACCUUGACCGUAACUCCCGCGAAAAUCUUGAAUGGAUCCGGCUGAAGUAGAAUUUCUUGCUGAAAAAGAGGAAAUAUCUGUUGUCCCCAACUUUACACAGGAUAAAAUAUACCUGAUUGGUGGAGAUGUAGGACCAUUUAAUGCUGGACUUCCUGUCAAAGUACCACUAUGGAUGGCCAUUAACCUGAAGCAAGGACAGAAAUGCAGGAUUAUUCCCCCUGAUUGGAUGGAUACAGAAAGGCUUCAAGACAAGAAACAAGAAGAAACAGAUAGCAAGUUCUUUACAGAGAUGCCUAGUCCUCAUUUUAUGGAAAUAACACAGCUGUUACUUAAAUGUGCCACAGACGAUAUUCCUCAUGCAGAUGAAAUACGCACCCUUGUAAAAGAUAUAUGGGAUUUAAGAAUUGCCAAGUUAAGAAGCAGUAUUGACACUUUUUUAAAAAGUGAUGCUACACAUGCUAAGUUGAAUUAUUUGACAUUGAUGGAGUUGAACACUGCAAGACCAUUCCUCACCAAAGCCUUGGAUCAAAUGCAUCUGUUGAGAUCAAACCUUAGUGGGAGAAUACAGUCAACACAAGAAUGAAUAAGCUCUAAUUAAAUUGACAAUUAAAACAACAUUAGACUCUUGUCAUAGGAUUUCUGAUUCUUGGAAAUUUUCAAAGAAUUUUCAAAUAGGAAAUAUGAAUGCAGAAUUCAGAACUGUGAUACAUACGCUUUUAUGAUGAAAUUUUUAUACCAGAAAUUGAUUCAGGUUGAUAUGUAAUUAAGUAAUUUAUGUAGUGUAUUACAUAAUAAAUUGCUACUGUGAACAGUUCAGAGAAA